AUGAGAAAAGUAGUUAAAGAUAAAGGAGUAAAAGCAAGUAUUAAUGAAGCAUCCCGAAAGCUUCUUCAACCUGGAGACACUCAAUGUCCAGUGAUAAGUAAAGCGAAUGUUUUAUACCAAUUAAAAAAAGAAUCAACAGAAAAUGAGUAUGAUGUGAAGCCAGAAGACAGACGAGAUUUGAUAAAAGCUCUUAUGUGUGUAGAUGAGACCCCCAUUUACCGUAAUUCGAUCAAAGUUGUAAGUGCUUCACCUUUCUGGGUUUUCUAUGGAACACCUUCCCAAAUCCAUUGUUAUCGUGAGUAUCAGCGAUUACACAAAGACUUAUCAUCAAUUAGCAUCGACGCAACUGGUGGGGUGGCCCGAAAAUUUAUUGAUUUUGAUGAACGUACAAGUGCUAUCUUCUUAUACCAAAUCGUCAUAAAUUUCUAUAAUACUACUAUUUCGAUAUAUCAAAUGUUGUCGGAAUGUCAUGACACAGAUGUAAUUACAUUCUGGUUAAGAAGAUGGUUACGGCUUGUACGUGAUUCUUCGACUGUUCAGAGGAUUCCUGGCGAGGUUGUAUGUGAUGGUUCACGUGCGCUACUAAACUCAAUAGCUUUAGCAUUUAAUAAUCAAUCAUUACCCAAAACCGAAUACGUAUAUUCGGUUGGACACAGCCCACUUCAUUCAUGCUGCCAGCUCUUGGAAAUGUUGGAAGUCGAUUUGUAUCAUGAAAUUGAAGAAAAUAUAAAAAGUAUGGACUUCGAUGCUGAAAAAAGUACUAUUUUGAAUGACGAAAAAGAAGAUCCAAGUAGUGACAUGUCUACCAUUAAUUCAUGGAUAAAAGAUCUUGUUGCUAUUUCAAAUAAUGUUCAAACUACUGGUAAAGUAUUAAACUGUUUUUAUGUACCAUUAUUCAAAGAGUCCUUUCUAAAAACUGUCAAAGAUUUUCCACUGUGGACACAAGUAUGUACUCCAAAAAAUAAAUUACGUGCUACGUCAUCAUAUAUUGAGCAAGACUUUAGAGAUUCAAAAGAAAUGCUCAAUCGGCAAAUCGGUCUUCCUGCGCGAGUCGACAUUUUAGUGAAAGCUCAUUUGAAAAAUCUUUUAGGUGGUGUGGUUGUAUUUCAAAACAAGCUCACAAAAUUUGUCGAUGAUAAUAUCGAUAAAUCUACUAUAUCUAACGAUUCAAAUUGUGAUGAUGCUAAGUCGGAGGAAAAAACAGAUGGGGUUAAGGUUGAAAAUUCAAAUGAUGCUAAGAUUGAGGAAAGAGCAGAUGAUGAGGUUGAAGAUAGUAUUGAUUUUGAAAAUUGGCGCGGCUUGGGUAACGAUAUGAAACAUCAAAACUUUGACUGGAUUAAUUAUGCAAAUAAUUUAAAUCACCCUACACAAGAUAUGAAAGCCGAGAAUUCAACUUUGGAGCUAAAUAACGAUUCUGUUAUAGAGAAUUUGAAUAAAUCUAUUGAAAGCGAGCAUGAUUACAGCUUAAAAAUUAGUACUCCGAAAACUACCCAAAUCUCUGAAAGAAACGUAUUAGAUGCUGCUGUUGAAAAAAAGAGAAGGAAAAUUAAUAACGAAGACUGUCCUGAACUUAAAUUGAUAGAUAAUUUACUUGCAUCUCAAAAGAACAAAGAAAAUGUUCCUACUACAAAAAAAAAAAAGGCAAACAAACAGAAUCAUAUUUAUUGA